UGCGUUGCCCAUUGGUUGAAAUCAGACAAUUUCUGCUAUUUUGCAAUCUGGAUGAGCAUCGAGAACUCCUAUCAUUAAGCUUCUCUACAAGCCCACCCGAUACCGAAAUUAUACAGAGCGAAAGCGCAAGACGAAUGUGCAGGGAAUGGAAUGGAAACGAAGAUGGCAACGCAGGAUCAAUCACAAUUCAUGGUCAUCUUUGGGAAGAGGUGCAAUCAUUCACAGGUUUGUUUGUGUCGACGUGACCACCAAGGCUGACGGUGGCCAUAGGGAGGGAGGAGUGUGCGUUUGCUGUCUCGGCGCGCACAGAGCUCAUGAGAUAUGAAGGUCUCGGCCGGUACUCCAGUUGCUUGCAGAGGAAGCCAAAUCGAGGAUCCGAAACCAUCUGAGGGAAAACAAUUCCAGUAAAGCGCUGAGCGGUUAGGAGAAUGAGUGGGAAUGAGAUGAAACUUCUUCAGAGUGGUUUCUUUCGGUGCAGAUAGUGCUUCAAUUUGCUUUAGGUUAACCGUGUGCUGAAGGAAUUAGCACGAUCAUGCCUGAGAAUAGACUGGCUGAUUUCGAUGACGAGUGCUCUUUGAACCGGCAACCUCGCCGAGAUUCUGGUAGAAUUGCAACCUUAAGCUGAGAGGAAGAAGAAUACUUAGCCAACAACCCGUCGUGGGUGUAAAAGGAGGCAGAGAGAUCAGUUCCAGAAUUCCGUAGAAACGGAAUUGCGUCCUAGCGCUCUUGUCUCUUCCAUUGUCGCGUUUAUCUGUCUCUACUUCAUCGUGAAAAUUAAUGCGUGCAGAUCUACGUUAGUGCCGUCUCGUGCAGCAAUCUAACAAGAGACGAGGUUGCAUAUUCCACGAGCACCACAAAAUGUCCGGUAUCGCCUAUGACUUUACUCCGGAGCGCGAAGAAGCCCGUCGAAAUCCCUUGCGUAGAGCUUUGGAAGACUAUGGGCUUCGUCCCGAUGUCCACGAGCUCCUCUCCCGCUUUGUGACGGAUCUUCUUCAGGCUUCACCUCCAGAUCCCUCUGAUUUCAUGCUCAGAUGGGCCGAGGCUGAAAGGAAGAAUUCUGGCAGAAUGGGCUCGCCUCUGGAUAUGGAUCUCGAGAACGAGAAAUACAACCUUAAUAUUGACCUUACCGGCAAAGGCAAAAAAGGACAAGGCUCGACUAGGAGAUGAAGACUUACAAUACCGAACGUUGAAGGAGAUGCGCGAGACAUUCAUAAUGCAAGACGUCAUUGUGAACAGUUCCGGUCCGUAAGCCUCUGCAAUCUAUUCCAAUUCCGAAUGGACUUAGAUCUCAGCAGUGGAAAACGAUAACAUUCCAAGAUGCGGUCUAGGGUAGUUACAUGCAUUUGAGGCAUUCCAGACGGUUUACAUAGUAUCGUUGGUAAGGUGGGACAUUACAUUUCUUUACAGUUCCUUUACAUACAAAGCUGAGGCUCUGCAUGUGCCAGAGCAUCUCCACAUGGUCAAAGCUGCGAUAUUUAGUUGUUACUUCGUCGAAUCAUGUUACAAGAUAACAAUUACAGUACACCGGAAAACGUUCUAUGCACAUUUGAAUUAUCUACUUAGAUCCUGUUUCGUGGGCCCAUUUGGGGUGGCCCCUGGGGUCCCUUCUUGAUGGCAAGGAUGUCACCGGUGGCAGAUGAGCUGGCGAAUCCCAGAGCCAAAGCUCCUCCGAGGAGACCGAGCUUCAAUAAUAUACCUCUCUUGGUCAGGGGGUAGGCGAAGGUCUCGAAAAACUUGCUCUGCAUUCAAUGAAGUACACAGUAAGACUUGAAGCAAUCACAAAGCUAUACAACUGUGUCUGAUUUGGAAAUAAAAAAU